AUGCCCAAAAGCUCGGGUGGUGGGGGAAUGGCAACUGCAUUCCAGCAAGGGAGAAACUUGCAGCAGGCAAAGGGAGCUCAAACCCCUCCUCCCAAUGAAUAUUUCACCUCUGCAGGUACUCCCUCGUCGUCAUUUAUCGCAGUAGAGUCCGACGACAGUCUGUUCCAGGCUUCACCUCCCUCCUCGAAGCACAUCAACACCGCUAAAUCCCCAAAACGCACCAUCGAACCACAUACACCACCCCCAACGGCAGAUUACGCUUCGCAGAAUGAGAAGAGCCCCUGUAAGCCUUGAUACAACUGGUUCAACCGGAUCAAGAUUCCCCUAUGGCCCAAAAAACAACUUUCAUCAGCUGGCAAUUCUGUCGAAAAGGGCGUUUUCCCCGCCUAUAGGCAACGAAACGACAAUGUGAAAGAGGCUCAAGGUGACAAUACUUCCAUCAAGUCUUGGGUCAGCUCAUUCGAUGUUACUCGGUCCUUUAGAACCGUAACAGAACCGCCUCCCCCAUCUGCCACUACCAGAAGAUUCGACAACCAGGACAUCAGGUCGGAAAACUGUGACAACUACCACACAGGACAUCAACACAACACUGGCAACAAAUCCCACGUUUCACUUUAUGUUACCACAGAGUCCAACAUUGCAGCAGACCGACGAAGCCUUUCGAGCGAGGAUAGCGAUGAUACGCCAGACUUUAACUACGUGGAAGUCCUAGCAGCAGCUUUGGUGUGGAUUGCUACCCUAUUCGACACCGGCUCUUCAACCAGUAUCAUAACUCGAGCGACACUUGAUCUUCUCUUAGCAGAGGGCGCCCACAUCUCGGAAAUCGUCAUUCCUGGAGGACUCAAAUCAUACAAAUCUCCAUUGUUCGCAGAACUAUGGGUCCCCAAAAAGUACGUCAUGCUACACCUGGAAAACCUUCAAAUUGGCUUUGAUCGAACAGUCAAAUUGAAGAUCUUAGAGAAUAGCGAUGUCUCCCAAAUCAUCCUUGGAAGGGAAUAUACCACGGCGAAGCAAGUAGAACGAAACGAGAGAGCCAACGAACCCGUCGAUAACCCGAUGAGGGCAAUCACGCAUUUCAAGAGAGACUAUAAAGACUCGCGUACGUUUCCAACCACAUUGUAUAAUGUAAGAAGAUACCCACUAACAAAUAGAAUGAUAAUAGACAAAGAAGCAAAAGACGAAGAACGAAGGCAGAAAUAUCGUGAGCGGGAGAACCAAUCAUGGCAGAGAUUGUAUGACGCGCAGGCAUCUGCAGAGUGGUCAUACAAGGGCUCUGCCUCAUCAACUCACUCGAGUAACCAGAGUGGACAAACACGUAAUGGAGGCGCCCGUGGGGAAUUCUUCCCGCCGCGGAAUCAAAAUUCAUAUGGAAACCGAUACCUCCAUGAAGGCGAAUACACUGCUGAUCUUUCUCCCAUCUCCGCUGUUCCACGCCCCGUCCGCUCAACACGAGACGAGAUGUUAGAACGCCAGAGCCUGCGAACCAUCGCCGGAUCCUCCCAGUACUCAAGGAGCUCCAUCCGACCUUCGGUUUUCAGCCGGCAGGAUACUGCAUCGACGACGUCAAGUGCGCCCUCUGGUGGUGCUUCAAAACCACCUUCCAAGGUGUUCUUCGUUGGAGAGAAAUAG